AUGAAGUCCGUCACGCCGAACGAAGAUGCCAUCGAGGAGCCGAAAGGUAUAGUUCCAGUCAAUCGUGAUCAUGCAGAGAAAGGCGUGUCGCAGGAGCUCAGAAAUGCCCCGCCCAGGUCCUACAGCUUGGUCUCGCUGGCUGGCAUCGGCCUCCUCGUCGGGACCGUCUGGCCAGCUAUCGGAGGGUCGAUAUUGGUCGCCAUCUUCAAUGGAGGUCCUCCGGGCGUUCUUUAUGAGUUCGUCGCGGUCUCAGUCUGCUACUGGACAGUAGCGGCCAGCAUCGCAGAGCUGGCCAGCUCGAUGCCAUCGUCCUCCGGUGUCUAUCUAUGGGCAACUGUGACGCCCGGCCGCCGGCUGGGUCCUGUGGUGGGCUUCUUCGCCGGCUGGUGGAAUUACUUUGCCUGGACUCUGGGAGCGGCUAGCAUGUGUGCCAUACUCGGCAACACCACUGUCCAGAUGUACGCCUUGAACAACUCUGGCUUCGAGCCCAAGCCCUGGCAUGUGUUGGUGGUAUACCUCCUUGCCACGUGGAUCUCUACUGCAGCCGUCUGCCUGGCCAAUAGCGCAAUGCCUUUUCUAAACAAGAUUGGUAUUGGUGCUGUCCUGAUCGGGUUUCUCAUCACCGCGAUCACCAUGGCCGCCAUGCCAGGCACGGGUGGCAGACCGCCUCAUGCGACUUCGUCUUUUGUCUGGACAGAGUGGCGAGCCAACAUUGGGUAUCCAAAUUUCUUUGUAUUCGUGAAUGGGAUGCUCAACGGGGCCUACAGCGUGGGCGCCCUCGACGCAGUCACGCAUCUCGCGGAGGAAAUCCCGCACCCAUCUCGCAACAUCCCCAUCGCCCUCGGGCUGCAGGUCGCCAUCGGCUUCGUCACCGGUUUCUGCUAUCUCGUCGUCAUCCUCUACGCCAUCAGCGAUUUUGACGCCCUUUUCGCAUCGUCGUACACAAUCGCCGAAAUCUAUCGCCAAGGCACCAGCUCAAACACCGGAGCGAUACUGCUUCUUUUGCUGAUAUUCCUCUGCAUCUUCCUCUGCGUUAUCGGUCUGUAUAUUACCUCUGGUCGGGUACUGUGGACGCUGGCACGCGACGGCGCGACUCCUUUCUCGUCUGUCCUCGGCAGUAUACAUCCUUCCUUGCAGAUGCCCUUGGCAUCUACAGUCACCACAGCGGUCCUCGUCAGUGCGCUAGGUCUACUCUAUCUCGGCAGCACGACAGCCUUCAAUGCUUUCCUGAGCGGUGUGAUCCUCAUGUUCAUAAGCUCCUACAUGGCGGCCAUCCUUCCAAACUUGCUGCGCGGCCGCCGAGCUACCCAACAUGGGUUCUUUCACAUGCCGACAAGAGUCGGUUAUUUCAUGAAUACCUUUGCAUGCGGUUUCAUGUUCCUCGCGUUCGUGGUGUUCUGCCUGCCUUAUUCGCUACCCGCAACCGCGCAGAACAUGAACUACUCGAGUGUCAUUUGGUCUGGACUGUCUGUUUGCGUCGCCACGUGGUGGUUCGUCGGUGCGAGAAGGGGAUACCGGGGGCCUGUUGUUCCAGAUAAUUGGGAGUUGUAA